AUGACGACAGCAAGUAGCAAAGCCCAAUGUUUCAUUUGUCACAAAGAUAAAAUUGUUUAUCAUUGUGAAGGAUGUCUAAAAGAUUUUUGUCUUUCUCAUAUAACAGAACAUCGAGAAAAACUUCGUAUAGAAUUAAAUGAAAUUAAAAUUGAUCGUGAUAUAUUUCAACAAGCAAUUGAACAAGAACGACACAAACCAGAAAACUUUUCUGUAAUCGAACGAAUUAAUCAAUGGGAAGAAAAUUCUAUUGGAAAAAUCAAACAAACAGCAGAACAAUGUCGACAAAUGUUAAUAAAAUAUCCUAAUGAUCAAUUAUUAAUCGUUGAAAAAAAAUUUUAUCAAAUUAUUGAACAAAUUAAACAAUUUCAACAAGAUAAUGACUUUAAUGAAAUUGAUUUAAAUCAAUUGAGAAAUAAAUUAACACAUCUUACAAAGCAACUUAUUCAACCGUUAAAUAUUUCCAUUCGACAUAACACAUUACCAUCUGCAUUUCUCAAUGAAAUUUCAAUAAUCUCAACGGCACAAAUCAAGUGGAAACAAGAAGGAACCACUGUUAUUGGAAAAAAUGGUAAAGGACAACAAUUAAAUCAACUUAAUUGUCCAAAUGGAAUCUUUAUCGAUACUUAUAAAAGAAUUUUUAUAGCUGAUCGUAAUAAUCAUCGUAUUAUUCAAUGGAAAUCUGAUGGACAAGAAGGUGAAUGUAUUGCAGGAGGAUAUGAAAAAGGAAAUGAAAUAUUCCAAUUGAAUUAUCCAUCAGAGAUUCUCAUUGAUCAAGAAAAUAUGUCUUUAAUUAUUGCUGACCAAGGAAAUAGACGUAUAAUGCGUUGGUCAAUUAGAGAGAAAAAAAAUCCAGAAAUUCUUCUAUCAAAUAUUGAUUGUUCUCAUUUAGCAAUGGAUAAAGAUGGUUAUAUUUAUAUAUCUGAUCAUGUUAACCAUGAAGUAACACGGUGGAAAGAAAAUGAAACAGAAAGAAUAUUAGUAGCAGGUGGAAACGGAAAAGGAGGUCAACUUAAUCAACUCAAUAAUCCAUCAUUUCUAUAUGUUGAUGAAAAUAAUUCUAUUUACAUAUCAGAUCGUGAUAACCAUCGUAUAAUAAAAUGGAGAAAAGAUGCUCGUGAAGGAAUAAUUGUUGCUGGUGGAAAUGGUCAAGGAAAAAAUCUCAAUCAACUAUCAUCUCCUCAAGGAAUUAUUCUUAACCAUUUAGGUCAAAUCUAUAUAGCAGAUUCCGAUAAUCAUCGUAUAAUGUGCUGGUAUGAAGGUUCUCGUGAAGGUGCUGUUGUUAUUGGAAAUAAUCGAUCAGGGAAACAGUCAAAUCAAUUAGAUCAACCGCAUGGUUUAUCUUUUGAUUCUGAAGGAGAUUUUUAUGUCGCAGAUUAUGCGAAUCAUCGAAUUCAAAAAUUUGAAAUAUCUUUUGAUUAA